GCUUCGUACCCAUAAAUACCUUCACAUUGUUAUCAUUUGGAUCAUUAGAAUUUGAGUCUUGACCAGUUGGCCAUUUCAAAAUUAUUCGAAAUCAAAAUGCCUCAUCUUCAUAACAUUAAUCUCUCGUUCGUGGUGUGUUUGAUCGUUGCGAUCGUGAGUAUUGAACAAUGUCACGGAAAAUCAGUUAAAAUUUCGCCUGAGACUUUGCCCAAAGUCCAAGAAACUUCGAAUGUGGAGGAAUUAAAACUUGACGACGUACAAGAAGAACCAUCACUUGCGUCCCCUCUGACUAGAGUGCGACGAGGGGGAGGUUACGGCUAUGGGUACAAUAAUUACGGAGGUUAUGGGGGAGGAUCUUGGACGGCUUAUUGUUGCAAUUACGGAUACGGAAUCUCUCCUGGGUGCAAGUACAAUGGAUUUUGGAACGCAAGAAAUAACCCGUACUGUUAUUAAAUGAAUUUAAGGGAGGUGUCGUACUAUAAAUAUUAUGUCAUUAUUCUCUAAGGUAGACAAUUUUAUUGUUAGUAUUAUGUAACUUAAGUUGGGACGAUGUCUUGUGACCAGUGCUAAGCGACCUGUAAUUAAGAAUUUUGUAUGUCUACUAAUUAAUAUAUUGAAUAAGUCAUGUAAUGAGAAAUCAAUUUGUACAACCGUUUAUUUAUUAUCAAAUAAACAUACUCUUGGAUGGCUAUAAUAUAAUUUUA